CACACACACGCACAGACAGUAAUAGACAUAGACGCACCACAGACGCCAGCACAACGCACCACAGCACCAUUCAGUAAAGUGCUCGCCCCUUUUUUCACUUACUCUCUUUAUCUCUCUCUCUCACUGUUUCUCUCUCUCUUUCUCUCUCUCUCUCUCUCAUUUUCCCUCUCUUAUUCUCUUUCAUUCUCUCGCUCUCUGAAAACACACUCUCUGUCUCUCUCUUUCUUUUGCUCUGCUGUUCACUGCUUCACUCCAAAUCCGCAGGAACACACACUCUCUCUUUCUCUCUCUCGCUCUCUUUCUCUUUUGCUUGCUCUCUCUCUCUCGCUCUCUUUUACUCUUCCUCACACACAAACACACUCUCUCUCUCACUCACUCACUCUCUAUCUCUCUCUCUUUGCAUUUUCCGUCCGUUUUUUUUUUUCUUCCUUCACCCUCAGCAGUGCCACGCGACUCAAGCGCAGCUCAGCUCCCGUCGCUCCAGUCCGCUGUUCACGUCCAGUGAGGGAUGAGUGCACGAGUGAGGCAGCACGAGUGAGGCAGCACGAGUGAGGUAGUACUAGUGAGGCAGCCGACAGCUGAAACGACUGAACGAGUAGAUGAGCGCUAAAGGAGCUCAGAGAGGAGGGAGAAGAGGAAGGUGAAAAGGCUAAAAGGGAAAGGAGAGAAGAGUAGAGGUCUGAUGAGGACAGACGCAAGAAAGAGGGAGAGUUAGUGAAGCUGUUGGAUUGUACCCGGCUCCAGUCGCUCCGUACCGCGUUCCCCUUUCAGCGAAGCAGCAGAGGAUAUCGUUAAAGGUGAUGAACGCACUACCUGGCUGACUGGCUCAGUACCGCAAGCAAGAGGAGCUGAGGAGCGCCAGGCUCUGAGUGGGCCCUUACCUGGUGCCUCCUUCACCCCCUCUCCUCUCCCAGGCCUCAGUUUUCAGGCUCUUCUUCUGGUACCCUGGCUCUCUGGUCUUCAUCCUCCACCCUUCUCUGGACUUUGACGGAAACUGCGCCGCCUCAGACCGCCCAAUGCUGAAGGGGAACUGUCUGCUGCUGUUCCUGUGCUUCCUCUUCGUGCAGAGCUCUCCGGCUCCUCUCCACACGCUGCCCCUAGCUCAGCCCCACAACAGGCCGGGGCACGACUGGCCCCGUAGCCCGGCCGGCAUGCUCGCCGCAGGCCACAGAGGAGGGUCGGGGGGCUUCCAGAGAGUCAAGAGGGGAUGGGUGUGGAACCAGUUCUUCGUGCUGGAGGAGUACAUGGGCUCGGACCCACAGUAUGUAGGCAAGCUUCACACAGAUCUGGAUAAAGGGGACAGUGCGGUGAAGUACACUCUGUCGGGGGAGGGGGCCGGUACCAUCUUCACCAUCGACCAGACCACCGGAGACAUUCAUGCCUUACGCAGCCUAGACAGGGAGGAGAAGCCUUAUUACACACUCCGAGCCCAGGCUGUGGACAUGGACACCAACCGGCCCCUGGAGCCCGAGUCCGAGUUCGUCAUCAAGGUGCAGGACAUCAACGACAACGAGCCAAAGUUUCUGGAGGGCCCUUACACCGCUAGUGUCCCCGAGAUGUCUCCUGUGGGCACAUAUGUGACCAAAGUAACAGCGACAGACGCAGAUGACCCUACUUACGGAAACAGCGCCAGAGUGGUGUACAGCAUCCUGCACGGCCAGCCAUACUUCUCUGUGGAUCCCAAGACAGGUAUUAUCAGAACCGCUCUACCAAACAUGGAUCGGGAGGUGAAGGAGCUCUAUCAAGUUCUCAUCCAGGCCAAAGACAUGGGGGGCCAGUUGGGGGGUCUGGCCGGGACCACCACCAUCAACAUUACCUUGAGCGAUGUCAAUGAUAACCCACCUAGGUUCUCCAAAAGUAUCUUCCACCUGCGUGUGCCCGAAUCUUCAGCAGUGGGGUCCGCAGUGGGCAGAAUCAAAGCCCAUGAUCUGGACAUUGGCAAGAAUGCUGAAGUAGACUAUAACAUCAUCCCCGGAGAUGAAAGAGGAACAUUUGACAUCACCACCAACGAGCACAACCAGGAGGGCAUCAUCAUCCUCAGACGGCCUUUGGACUACGAGACAAGGAAGGCCUACACAUUUAAAGUGGAAGCAUCCAACGCACACUUAGAUUCUCGAUUUCACAGUUUCGGCCCAUUUAAAGACACGGCAACCGUAAAGAUUAACAUCCUGGAUGUGGAUGAGCCUCCUGUGUUCAGUAAACCAUCUUACACAAUGAAUAUUCACGAGGACACACAGCUGGGCACCACUAUUGGAGCAGUGACCGCUCAGGAUCUGGAUGCAGGGAGCAGCCCAGUUAGGUAUUCGAUUGACUGGAAGAGUGAUCUGGACAGCUUCUUUGAUAUUGACCCUGUGACGGGGACCAUCUCCAUCAGCGAGCUGCUGGACAGGGAGAGUAUAGCCCAACACAACAUCUCAGUUGUGGCGACCAAAGUUAAUAAUCCAGUGCUGACCAGCAGAGUGUCCGUCACCGUCCACAUCCUGGACGUUAACGAGUUUCCACCAGAGCUCGCAAUACCAUAUGAGACCUACGUGUGUGAAAGUGCCAGAGUGGGACAGGUGAUUCAGGUCAUCAGUGCAAAAGAUGAAGAUCUCCCAAUGUCAGGACAGAAGUUCUCCUUCAGAUCGCCACAGGAAGGAAUGAAGAGCAAGAACUUUACCAUCAAAGACUUUGGGAACAACACUGCAGGAGUUGUAACACUGCGCAGUGGUUUUCGACGCCGCACUCAGGAGAUAUACCACCUCCCAGUGUUCAUCGAGGACAGUGGUUUACCAGUGAAAAACAGCACCAGUACCCUGACCAUCCGUGUGUGUGCCUGCAAUUCUGAAGGGGCUCUUCUGACCUGUAACGCAGAGGCCAUCUUCCUCCCUGUUGGCCUCAGCACUGGAGCACUUAUCGCCAUACUGGUCUGCAUCGUCAUACUGCUAGUGAUCGUGGUGCUGUACGUGGGCGUGAGGAGGCAGAAGAAAAAGGAGACGCUGAUGACGUCUAAAGAGGACAUCCGAGACAACGUUAUCCACUACGACGACGAAGGCGGCGGGGAGGAGGACACGCACGCCUUCGACAUGGGCACUCUCCGGAACCCCAAAGCCAUCAAAGAAAACCUCUUCAGGCGCGACGUGAAGCCAGAGGCCGGUUCCGUCCCUCGGCCCGCCGCCACCUCGCAGGACAGUGCGGACAUCCAGGACUUCAUCACCGAGAGGCUGCAGGAACACGACGGAGACACCUCGGCCCCUCCCUACGACUCGCUGGCCACCUACGCUUACGAAGGCGAGGGUUCGGUGGCCGAGAGCCUGAGCUCUAUCGAAUCCCUAAACGGUGAAACAGAAGAGGAUUACGAUUACCUAAACGAGUGGGGACCUCGCUUCAAAACUCUCGCAGGGAUAUUCGGGGACCGCUCCGAAAGCCAGACUGAUGUCACGUCCACAGCUAGCACCACCACCACCGCCGAAAACAAACAUUGAUGAUGUUUUCUGCUCUUGCAAGCUUGAAAAAAAAAAAAAAAAAAAAACUAAACAAAUGUGAACUUAGAAGAUGUUUAUUUAUUUACUUCAAUUUCUUAGCGUAUUUUUCCUUGUUUUUUGGCUAAUUAAAAGGUUUUUGUUAUACUUAAAAUCUUAAAAAUCCUGAUUUAGUGUGCGCUACUUGCUGUUUGCCUCAAUUCCUUGUGCAGAAGAUUGUGCACAAGGAUUAUGAAGGUUAUCACAUGGUGACAAGAAACAAGAGGAAAGAAAAGAGAGAGAAAGAGAUAAAAAAAAAAAACUUUUUGUUACAUCCAUGGGUCGUCCAUUUUUUUAUUGUCAUAUUUAUUCUGCUUUUCUUUCAAAUGCUUAAAGAAAGAGACAGAAAUCAAGGACAAGAUGGAGGAUAAAAACAAGGCAAGCGUUUUCUUUGACAUCCUUAAAAAAGUGCCUCAAUGGAAUUGUUUUGUUAUAAUAAGUAUGAUUUCUUUUUUCUUUUUUUUACCUUGUUUAGCUUUGCUUUUUACUCUCGACCCCCCAUUCCCUCCCCCUAAGUAAGAGAGUCCAGUGCACCCAUGCUCUGGAAGAUCGUAGCUACAGUAAGUAAGUUAGUAAGUGGUUGUAAAGGAUGACCAGCUUCAUGGAUGGGUUCGUGGGGGGGAAUCGACACAUGGCCCGAGUUCGGCCAAAGAUAUUUUGAAUGUUAUUUAUGAUUCUAUUUAUUUAUUUGUGAGGCUGGCAAGCCCCCGUUUUUAGGAUUUGUUGAUGUAUUUAUCUAUUUAUCUCGGUCUAAAAGUAAAUGGAUUUUUUUAUUUUUUAAAGACACUUGGGGAUUUUUGUAAUUAUUCACUCCUCACGUACACAUGGACAUUGGCGUGUUGUGAGGAAACUGUAAAGACUUGUACAAAAAAAAAUCAUCUUGUAAAAAAAAAAAAAAAAUCAGUUUAGGGCUAAACAUGAGCUACUACAGUUGAGUCAUGUAAUACACACAGUUUUCUUAAAUAAACACAGCUUGGAAGAAAAAAAAA